AAACCCUUAUCUUUCCCUCUACGCACUCGCGAUGCUCCCUCCAGUCACCGCACCGACCCAUCCGCCUCCGCCCUGGGAAUCGACGACCACCACUAGACCGCCGCCGCCACCUCCUCCUCCUUCCGGCGCCGAGUCCGAGGUGCCGCCAAAGAAGCGGAAGCUGGAGGGGGUGGGGUUUCAGCGCUCGCCCUAUUACACGAUCAGAGAAACCGUUGCAAAUCUCCGCGUCCGCUUCCUUCAGGUUUGCCAAGGAACUGAUUCAGAAAAGAAAGAUACUGCUGUAGGAAUCUUGAAUGAGAUGAAAUCUGUGAUGGAAUUAUCCAAGAAAACACGGCUUGAUCUGUCCGCUUCUGCUGAACCUGUGAAACCGUUGAACAAACAUGCAGCUAGAGCUCCUGAGGAUAAGCGUGUUGGGAAAGUUCUGUCUGCAGAGAAGAGUUUAGUUCCUCCGACAAGCCUGGGCCUGGCUGGACAUUUUGUGCACAAUACAGGUGGGGGUGUACCACUCAAGCCUGAUAACUCAGACACCGCAGCACAUGGGUUACCGGUGAAGAUUAGGAAGUGGCCCGGACUAAGUAAGAUAACAGGUUUUACAAAGCGACAGGGUGGACUUCCUCAAGGUUCUUAUGUCAUCGGUGGAUCUCCCAUUGGCUGGAAUUUUCUUGUGUGGCCUGGAAGCAAAGCAGUCUACUAUGGUUUGACCAAAGCAGAGUGGUUGGCUCGUCAAUCUGCAAAUAGAAAUUCGAACAUGCUGUCCCAGUGAUCUAACAGCUACAUGGAUCGAUCUUUAGAAGAUAACAUAGUAUUCCCUAAUCCCUAGUUAUUGUGAUAUAAGUAGAACCAAAUAGUACAUGACGCACCAGGAAGGUAACCUCUGACACCAGAGCAUGGUAGCUUGGUAAGGUACUGAGGUAUAUUGGUUUUGUUGCUCAAUAGGGGUAAUCAACAGUAAAUACUAGAUAAUAGAUAUACGGAGAAUUUUGGUACUGUAAACUGGAUGGGCCGGCCAAGUGUCCAUGUUAUGUCUUCUGUUCAGAAGUGGAUACGAGGAAGAAUUUAAACACAUGACAGCGCAUUAGCGCCGAUGCACACUUCAAAUCAACUGGUGGAGCUUCUGACUCCCUGCUCUAUGUGACUUUGUUCCCGUAAUUUCUGUAUCUUGCCUGCCUCUCUUUAUCUGUGGAGAGACCAGAGAGAAUGCUUGUGAAAAUUUGUGUUUAGUUGCUUGUUUUUGCAGCUAUUGUUCAAGCGCAGAAAUGCUAGUGGUAUUAGUUUGGCU